GUAAUGUUUAUCAUGUUGGAAGAGUUGCCUCACCUGCACAUGUACUAUGAGUCAGCUUAAACUUGGCAUUUCAUGGGUUUUCUGGGGUUGCAUUUGAAGUUCCGACCGUCGACAGUCUUGUUUGUUUCACUCUGCGCUUCCUUUUCCUGUCGUGUGAAUUUGCAAUCCGAGUCUGCCAGGGCCCAAGCGAGAGAUUCGGAGAUGACACAGUGAAUUGGAUGAGGCACGUUAGAGGUGACAUCCACGGCAAUGGCGGAGGGUUGAAUGAUUUUAUUAAGAUACUGAAGGGCAGAGAAGUGGGAUGGUGAGGGCAGAAAUGAAAGGAAAGAGCAAAAAGCAGGGGUCACAACGUCACGCUUCAUAUCCUUUGCAACUGUAACUGAAGGUAGUUGCCAGCUGAACUCCGAACAACCCUCCUUUUACUGUUGUAGCGACGCUAGGUCGACGCCAUUACCCAUGCGUGGCUCAUUCCCCCGCUUUCUUCUUUCUCCUCAUUUGCUUCUUCUUGGAACUUAUGGUAUCAUCACCGGAAAAUCAUCCCCAGCUUGCUAUGAUUGGGCAGUUCGUAUUCAUGACGAUGUGUUGCCGUUCGAAGUCGAGAACGUUGGUGCUUCUCCCCCGCAACAGCAGAAAAGCCAUUUAGCCCAAGUUGAAUGCGAACAUGAUGACAGUUGAUGAAGCUUCCAAUUGGAAAUUGAAAAUAGAAAUGAGUUCGAAUCUGAGAGAUUUUCUGAAAGGUUACUGUAGGGAACUGUUGGUUGGACUUACUGUAAAAAAGUGCGAUCACUUGCCAUGUCUGCAUGAAUGAGGAAGAAUUGAGGUACGCCAGAGUUUCGGCCAGAAUGUAAUUUCAGCCAAUCUUAGGGUAAAUUGGAAAACGGCAGACGCUCGGAGUGGGGAUAAGAUUUGUUCCGGCCAUCUAGUGGCUACGCGUUGAUCGAUAUUGACAAUGGUGGAGUUCGUCUGCAGCAUUCCAUCCUUGAAGACCUUCACUGAGGUUCCCAAAAUCACAGCAUGGAACAGCUACCAACUAAUGAACCUCAUGCGAGGCAAGGAUGGUGAGGAAAUGCAGAUCAUUAUCAACUACAUGGGAGAGUUGUCCGCAAUUGCUCAAGGGUUGCGCGGUCCCAUCACCAGUGUAGACCGCCUCCUGCAAAGCUUCCAAAAGAUCUACCUCCUCACAAGCAGCGUCCCGGGGAAUUCGGGUCACAUUCUUGCUCAGGGUAUCCUCAAAGUUGGUCAGAAGCACCUCUUCAUCCGACGAACCCCGAACGCUCCCCUUGUGGAGAUAUCACCUCUCUGUGUGCUAGAUUUUUACGUGCACGAAUCCUACCAAAGGCAGGGACUGGGGCAUAUGUUAUUCAGGUCCAUGCUCGAGCAGGAGAAGAAGAGGCCAUGUCAGCUUGGCUACGACAAACCCUCUAACAAACUGCUCUCCUUCAUGUCCAAGUACUACAAUCUAAGAAGCUACAACGACCAGGCAAAUCAGUUUGUUGUGUACAACGACUACUUUGUGGAUGCGAAGAAUGAGGCACAGAAGGAGAAGGAGAAUCGCGACAAGGAACUCAAUGGAACGCCUGACAUUGGCACAAACCCCAGGAAGGAUGAAGUCCUUCAUGACAGUCAGGCAAAUCUACAAGUAAUUGAUGUAGACGACCAGUGUAGUUCCAAUCGCUCUGACAUCAGCCGGCUUACGACCGCCGAAGCAAGACCACCAAAUCUGCAUGUUAAGGAGCCACCCAAACAACCAUUGUUUCGAGGAGGCAGAAAAAAAAUUUGGCAGUCGAAACAAGGCUAUUCAGAAAAGCCACCUAAUUCGGCAGAUACGCUGCACACAACCGACGCGCGCAGUUCGCUUCAAUCUCCAACAAAAGCUACAUUAUCUCUGAAGGAUGCGUACAGACAGGGUCUCAACGAUCAGGGAAUAAGUUUGCACGCAAGAAAGUCCUCGAAUUCCCUGAGCAGCGAACCGAAAAGGUGUCAGGAGAAUCAUGGAGCUAACAACCUACACGAACCCGGCGUCACACUACUCUACAGUGUCAUCGGCGAGGAGGAGCGAUUGAAGAUACAGAGUAUGUGCACGCCUUCACUGGCACAAAAGAUGAAUGUCAAACACCCAACUCGUGCAAAUCACAAAGAUCCCAAACCAAUCAAGCCACGACCAAACAUGGGAAGCCCUGUCACAAGACCAACAAGACAGCUUACCCAAAAGGAUCCACCGCCGUCGUGUCCACUCUGGGCCGAUGCAAAGGAGCUAUCCGAAUCACAGCAUUGGCAGGAACGCAACCCGGUGGACUACAAAAGAACUGGCAAAGUCUGUUGUUAGCAGCACAACGACCCAUAGUCUCUCGAAGAAUCUACAUAAUGUUGCACAAUCAACGGGUCCUUAAUACGUCCCUCAUUGUAAUUUACCACUGCAACCUAGUACUGCUUCGCAAAACCGCAACCCUGUCCAAAACGGCAUCCGGGACCCACCAAACUGAUUAGCCGCGAACACCAAUUCUUCGAAUCCUCUAAAAAAAUUCUGAUCGAAGUCAACAUUAAUCAUGGGUGCCAAUUUUUAAUGCUUGCUAAGACAAUGCCGGUUCGCAACACCAGGGCGGAGAAAAUUAGGUCAUCGAUAAACAGAAUGGGUGAUGCUCGAAAUCUUGCUAAAGCGUUGGUGCACCUUAGUGAACAGAGUGGAUGGUUUCAUUGCCAAUGGAUAAAUGAUAUUUGUGAUACUUGGUGCGUUCCGCACUAUCUGAUAAAAAUGCACAGCACUGUGAAUUGGAGCUCUCAAAGUUGGAAGAAUAGGCAUGCCUACACUGAGCUGGCAGUGACGGGGCUGCUGGCUAAUGGCCAUUAUUCUCAGAUGGGUUCCGCUUGAGAUGUUGACGAACUUUGAAUCAAGCUUGAAUUCUUCAUAUGGCAUAAAAGAAUAGAGGCUGAGAGAGGUGGCGGAGUAGUGAUUUUAGGGUUUCAGAAGUCGUCGAGAGUGUGGCUGAUUGCGGGCACGGCUGUCGCCGCAUCGCACAACUGCAAGUUGUUUCUGAGUUUGUUUUGGAAUUAGUUGCCUUGCACUUGAAUAGAGAAUUUUAUUUUUUUUAUUAUUAUUCUUUAAA